AUGACAGCUGCAGCUAAUAAGAAAACAGUCGAGCAAAUAGAACCAAUGGAAACUAUAAUAGAAGACAAUGAUAAUGAACUACCUAUUGCCAGACCAUCACCUACAGGUCUAGCAAGACCUCCACCCAGUUUAGACUUCAGUGAUUAUCCCGAAAUUUUUGAUGAAUGGUUGCCAGAACCAACACCAGGGCAAAAACGUAAACUUGGACAUCGACGUGAUGAUCCACCAACACCACCUUCUCCACGUCAACCCCCACCAAUCAUUCCUAGAAAGACAUUACCACCAAGAAAUCCUAAUAUAUCAUUAGUUGGAGGCUCUCUUCAGACAUCUCCAAUUACAAUUGAUACAGAAAAUAAAAUUAGUCGUAAACAACAACAUUCUUUCAAUUCACUUUUACCUCUUGAACAACAUAAAAAUCAAAAUGAACAACAAAUAAUAAAAACACCAAAUAUAAUUGCAUUACUAGAAAAUGAACCAUCAAUGAUAAUAUCACCUAUACGAAAUUCCACACCAGAACGAAUAAUACGAACACCAUCAGUUAUACCAAAAAAUACCAUCACACCUUAUAGUUCAUUUAAAUUUGCAAUCAUUCCUAUCGAAUGUAGAUAUUAUUUUAAACGAAUGAGAGAGAAAUGUACCUUUGAAAUAAUAAAAGCUCAUCAAGAAUUUCUUGAAAAUAAGUAUAAAACAUUAGAAAAUGAAAGAGAAAAAAAAGUUAUAUUCUUCGUUCCCAAAUCAAAUAAGAACACGAAUUGUUGA